AUGUUGCCAGAAGAUUUUCAGACGGAAUACCUAGAGUCACAAUCUGAGAUUCAAUUAAAGGAAAAUUUGACUAUGUGUCUUUGUUGGUCUUUUAUAAAUCAUAUCUGCCCAGAGACAAGUAGGGCCCACCCCUUGUUGCACAGUCAUAUGCUACAUAUGUCAUCUUUGUUUGGAAGCAAGCACAUCUGUGAACAACUAUUCUCAGGAGUUAAGCACACAAAGAGUAAAAACAGAACCAAAAUCUCAGAUGAAUGCCUUGAGAACACCCUGAAAGCUGAAAGGCUGGACACCCCUGGGCUAAAGGCUCUGUUGUUUGGAGAGACUGUAGAGCCAUCAUUAUACCAGACUGCUUGUCAAGUCAACACAAAUUACUAG